AUGAUAUUCAUAGAUGCUCACUUUUGUUUAGAUCCUGCAGUUUCUUAUCAUCGACCCAGACUCUGUCCCAGUGCUGCGAAAUACGGAGCUGCGGAAAUAUUUGAAAACAGCACUCAAAUUGGUGCGGAUCCUAUUGAUAUUUUCUGCCAUGUCAAUGGUAUCAUGUAUAUCACUACUUUUAAUCAUAAUCAAAAUGAAACAGUCCAGACGAUUGGCACAACCAACCAGACCCGAAUCAUCAACUAUAAUUCUUCUUGGCCAUUGAGCCUCUUCGUGACAAUUCGGGAUGAUAUUUAUGUAGCUAACAGUGGAUCCACGCACCAAGUACAUGUGUGGAAGAAUCAAACCAACGUCCAGAAAGUCACAAUGAAUAUUACAAGUGCUUGUUACGGUCUUUUUGUUGACACAGAGGAAAAUGUGUAUUGUUCGAUACCCGAUGAGCACAGAGUUAUUAAAGGAAAAUUGGAUGGCAACAAAACACUGAACUAUAGCAUUGCUGCAGGAACUGGGUCUAGAGGAUCAGCCAUGGAUAUGCUACAUAUUCCCUAUGGAAUUUUUGUUGAUACCAACUUUGACUUGUAUGUGGCAGAUUGUGGUAAUAACAGAAUUCAACGCUUUCAUAAGGAAAAUUUAACUGGGGUAUCAGUCGCAGGGAAUGGGACGAAUCAAACGAAUGAACUUCAAUGUCCAACUUCAGUCAUCCGUGGUCUUGAUGGUUAUUUAUAUAUUUUACAUAAAGGGUUUCACGUUGUUGUUUCAUAUUCUGACGGUUUUUUCAAGCCGGUACCUUACGAUGGACAGAAAUCGAUAUCGAUAUCACCAUAUCCAACGAUUCUAAAACUAAAUUUUGACCGUCUUGGAAAUAUAUUUGUUUACGAUUGGAUUAAUAGUAGUAUAUAUAAGUUUACUCUAUUAAAAACGGGUUGCAACUCAUUUGAACCAGCACCUUGCCCAGAUCCAUUGAAGAUGGGUCCACAAUGUAAUAUUUCGAAUACUUACUGUUCCAAGACUAAACCUUGUAUGCAUAAUGGAAAAUGUAACGAUAUAGCGAGUAACACACCUCCUUAUAAUUGCACUUGCCCAAUGGGUUUCAAUGGUAUUGAUUGCGAGCUUGAUGAACGACUUUGUAAACCACAUAAAUGUUUGAAUAAUGGCAACUGUAGCAAUGAUACAUUGGACACUGAUUGUGAAUGUGUCCGUGGUUGGGAAGGAGCUUACUGUGACAGAUUGAUAGAUAAUUGUACUAAUAAACCAUGUGAAAAUAAUGGUGUAUGUCGACAAUUAUUAUUGAAUUAUUCAUGUGAGUGUCUUGGUGAUAGUUAUUAUGGUCGUCAUUGUGAAAAGACUGCACAGAAAACUGUUGUUUUUCAAAUGGUUUCAAAAUCAUUUGCUUAUAUUGCAAUCAUUGCUUUGACAUUAGUUGCUGGAUUUAUUAUCACACUGGAUAUAUUGAAAUAUUGUUUUGGUAUUGAUCCGGCAAGUGAUGAGUUAGAAAGAAUUCGACGACAUAAUCAAAAGAAAAAACCAACACCUAUGAUUCAAAGAUUGGUUUACGCCGAUACACCGUCAUCAAUGGUCGCGAAAAGUACAUCAUCUGGUGAGAAAAUAUCUGCCAAGAAUUCAUAA